AUGGUCCAAACGACCUCACGCUCUUCCGCAGCAGAAGGCGACGAAGAGACGGCUGUUCCGUCUCCAUCCAGUAGCACCGAAUCGAGCCCGCUGCUAACCCCCAACAACAUCGACCAGCAAACACCCAUUCACCGUUCAAGCCUCAAACGACGCAUCCGUGCCCUCCCCGUAGCGACCACCAUAACCACCACCCUCGCAGCUUUCCUAAGCGUCUUCUUCUUUUCCAUUUUGAUAUACUUAGUUGUUACGAAGCAUCCGGCCCACAAUAAGAACAAUAAUAAUAAUAACAACGGCCAUCAAAACCUCUCGGACCACCUUAUAACCGCUAAAAACGGCGCCGUAGCUUCAGACGUCGAAGUCUGCUCCACCAUCGGCGUUGAUAUCUUAAAACUCAAAAAUGGAACUGCCGUGGACGCUGCAAUCGCCACCGCGCUUUGUAUCGGUGUGGUAAACAUGUACGCAUCUGGAAUCGGUGGUGGAGGGUUCAUGGUCGUCCGUCAUCAGAACGGAAGCUCUAAGACAGUUAAUUUUAGAGAAAUGGCCCCCGGAGCUGCUUGGAAGGAUAUGUACAAUUCCGACCCAGUGCUUGCCCAGAGAGGUGGGUUGGCGGUUGGGAUUCCUGGGGAGAUUGAUGGGUAUUGGAAGGCUUGGAAGAUGUAUGGACGUGUUCGGUGGGAGGAUUUGUUCGAGCCUAGUAUUAGGCUUUGUGAAGAAGGGGUUAGGGUGACACGGUAUUUGGCACGGUGUAUGGAGGUUGAGAACCGGUGGUUGAGGUCUGCUGAUAAGAGGGAAUGGGGGUUCCUGUUUAGGAACGGGACGGAUGAGUUCUUGAAGGAAGGGGAGGUGAUGUAUAGACCGGCUUUAGGUAAGACGUUGAGGGUUAUUGCGGAGAAAGGGUUAGAUGGGUUUUAUAAAGGGGGUGUGGCGAAGAGUAUUGUAAAGUUUGUGAGGAAGAAAGGUGGGAUAUUGACGCUUGAAGAUUUGGAGGUUUAUGAAUCGGAUGUUGAGGAGACGGCGAAGGCUUGGGCUUUUGGGAGGGAGAUAUUGACGUGUAAGGCGCCUUGUAGUGGACCCGUUUUAAUUGAGGGCCUUAACAUCGCCGAAGGUUUGGAUAUGUCCAACGAUAGAUCUGGAUUGGUCACUCACCGUAUUAUCGAGACUAUGAAAUGGUUAUCAGCCGGCCGAACAGAGCUAGGGGACCCCUUCGACUCCGACGUUUCCAACGUCGCUCGUGUCGCAGAAAUCCAGUCUAAACAAUUUGCAGCCAUGGUUCGGCGUAAUAUUAGCGAUACACGGACAUACGGUUGGAAGCACUACAAUCCAAGCUAUGAGUUCAAAGAAGACCAUGGCACGAGUCAUAUGAGUGCACUUGACUCGGACGGGAUGGCGGUAGCCUUGACGACAACGGUUAACUUGUACUUUGGAGCUCGGAUCUGUGAUCCUGAAACCGGGUUUUCUGCCUUGCCUUGCCCGUGA